AGAUAGUCGUCGGCUUCUGCUAUUUUAGAAUCAGACGUGGUUCGUUGAAAACGAAUUUACAAGCCAUUUACGAUUACUAUUCGAAAGAUGGAGGAGCGUGUCGAGUAUUGGUCCAAGAGAUGGCAAGCAGAGGAUUCACCUUGGCAUAAAUCUGACGUAAAUAGAUUUCUUGUGAGUUUUUUUUAUCGCGUUCAACAAAUUAAAGAGGGAAAAUUGCGGAUAUUUGUCCCUUUGUGUGGCAAAAGCCAUGAUUUAAAAUGGAUCUAUGAUCAAGGACAUGAAGUGGUCGGAUUAGAUGGAGUAGAGAAACCAAUUUUGGAGUUCUUUCAAGAACAGGGAAUAACCUACACAAAAGGGAGUGAGGGAGCCCUGCAAUUCUACAUUAGUGAUGAUGGACGUCUAAAAAUCUAUCAUUCAGAUUUAUUUGCUUUGGACACAUCUGUCUGUGGCAAGUUUGAUGGAAUCUGGGAUCGUGGAUCUCUGGUUGCACUUUUACCUGAAGACAGAGUUCGUUAUGCAAAGUUAUUGAAGAGCCUGUUGAACGAAAAUUUCGCCUAUUUGCUUGACACCAUGCAAUAUGAUCAAUCACAAUAUCCAGGGCCUCCUCUCAGUGUGUCUGUAGAAGAAGUAACUAAACUGUUUGAGGACAGGUGUGACGUGGAAACGCUAUUAACCGUUGACACAAACGCUGACCCUACAUCGGCUACUUCGUACAAAAUUCGCUUUAACCUAGACGAAUGCUAUGAGAUAAUUUUGUUGCUCAAACCUAAAGCUACUUCGUUGUAAACGAGUUGCUGAAACCAAAGAGCUAUUUUUUGU